UAGAUUGUAUUCCUUAUGCAAAACGGUGGUGGAUGAGGGGCCCCAAGUGUUUGCACCUCUCUCUGAAGAAAGCAAGAACAAGAAAUACCAAGAAGAGGUUCCAGUCUAUGUGCCAAAAUGGAUGCCAUUCAAGGAAUUGAUGAUGAUGUUGCAAGCCAGCCUGCAAGAAAUUGGGGAUCGAGCCUGAUGCCGGAUGGCCAAGCCCACAUGGAGCCUCAGUAUGCAGAGGAGGGUCCAGGACCUGGGAUCUUCAGAGCAGAGCCAGGAGACCCACUGAGGAGGCCUGAGGCCCAGCAGCAGCCCACCUCUCAGGCGGGGCGCUGGUGCCCAAGGCGGCGUGGCUGCGUGGCGCUGGGCGCCCUGGCGCUGCUGGCUGGUGCGAGCGUCGGCUCAUGGCUUCUCGUGCUGUAUCUGUGGCCAGCCGCCUCUCAGCCAUCUCCCGGGAACUUGCAGGAUGAGGAGAUGCCUUUGAGCUGCUCAGAGGCCAGUGGUGAGGAAGCCCUGCUCCCUUCGCUUCCCAGAACAGUAUCUUUCAGAAUCAACCCUGAGGGCUUCUUGCUGGCAGUACAGGUGAGGGCUCGGCCAGACUGGCUCCUGGUCUGCCACGAGGGCUGGAGCUCUGCCCUGGGGCUGCGGAUCUGCCAGAGCCUGGGACAUCUCAGACUCACUCACUACAAGGGAGUGAACCUGUCUGACAUCCAGCUCAACAGCUCCCAGGGGUUUGCUCAGCUCUCUCCAGGACUGGGAGGCUUCCUGGAGGAGGUGUGGCAGCCCAGGGACAGCUGCGCUUCUGGUCAAAUCGUUUCCCUCAGAUGCUCUGAGUGUGGGACGAGGCCCCUGGCUUCCCGGAUAGUUGGCGGGCAGGCCGUGGCUCCCGGGCGCUGGCCCUGGCAGGCCAGUGUGGCCCUGGGCUCCCGGCACACGUGUGGGGGCUCUGUGCUGGCCCCACGCUGGGUGAUGACGGCCGCACACUGCAUGCACAGUUUUAGGCUGUCCCGGCUGUCCAGCUGGCGGGUGUACACGGGGCUGGUGAGCCACAGUGCCGUCAGGCCUCACCAGGGGGCUGUGGUGGAGAGGAUCAUCCCUCACCCCCUCUACAGCACCCAGAAUCACGACUACGACGUCGCUCUCCUCCAGCUCCGGACACCGCUCAACUUCUCAGACACCGUGGGUGCUGUGUGCCUGCCAGCUGAGAAGCAAGAUUUCCCAAGGGGCUCACAGUGCUGGGUGUCUGGCUGGGGCCACACCGACCCCAGCCACACCCACAACUCAGACACGCUGCAGGACACGGUGGUGCCCCUGCUGGGCACCCGGCUCUGCAACAGCUCCUGCAUGUACAGCGGGGCCCUUACCCCCCGCAUGCUGUGUGCCGGCUACGUGGACGGGAGGGCCGACGCGUGCCAGGGUGACAGCGGGGGCCCCCUGGUGUGCCUGGACGGGGGCACGUGGCACUUGGUGGGGGUGGUCAGCUGGGGCCGCGGCUGUGCGGAGCCCAAUCAUCCUGGCGUCUACGCCAAGGUUGCCGAGUUCCUGGACUGGAUCCAUGACACUGCGAGGGCCCGCCAGAUGGAGGAGGAGCUGCAGACCCAGGUGCAGAAGGCACGGACCUCCUUUCGCACAAGACAGUCAUCGCCCGCAGGCCAGCCUCCGGGUCCGGGCCUCUCCUCUCGGCCCUGGUUUUGAGUCCCUCUUUCUCACCAGGGAGCCUCAGUAACGGGAGAGCCGAUGGGGCUGGGCUGGAAAAGUGGGGGGAGGGGCGGGUGAGGAAGAUGCUGCUGGCGGCAGCUGGGUACCCGGCCUUCCCCCUCUGCCCUUCCCUGCACGCAUCUUUUGGGAGGAUGCUCGGGGAUGCCCUGGGACCGCUUUCUCCAUGUCUCUCAGGCAAGGAAAGUGCCUCCUUAGAGGAGCCCCUGGCCCCGAGGCUUCUGGGCAGAUGGGGUCAAGGCUGGGCAAGCCCAUGCAGUCAGGAUCCUCCCCACUUUGCGUGUUCUCAAGUGGCUGUGGCUGACCCGACCGGGCAGGGUCGGGGACAUUUAAGAAUGCUCUGGUUGGCCUUCAGUUAGGACUUUGCUUUUAUAAUGACAGUUCUGUGAACUGGUUCAAGGACUGCUGUCUUGGAGUGAAGUGAUAUAGGGUCUCAGUCCCUCAUUUUCUCUUGCUCUCUGUGUCUCUCUUUCUCUCGUACACACGCACUCUCUAUCUGUGUCUCUGUCUCUGUCGGUCUCUCUUUCACACACACACUCUUUGUCUCUGUCUCUCUUUCUCUCACACACACAUACACGCUAAAAGGAUAGAAUUGCAGUUUUCCUCCCAUACAUGUUUCUUAAAUCUCCGGAUCUGACUCCUGCUCCUCUCUCUAGAAUCUGGGCAUUCACUUAUUCAAUUCUUUACAUUUCUUGAAUCUACGUGUCAUAACCUGCAGCAAAGAGCCCCCGCCGUCCAGAUGGGCUGGUGCACAGGUUUGAGGACCUUCCCCCCACCCCAAGUCAGUGCUGUCUUGGGAGGCUCCGGCUUCCUCAUGAGACCUCUGUCUCCUUGGCUCCUGUUCCAGCACUGGGCCUUCUGUCUCGGGGAGAUUUCUUUCUGAGUUUAUGCCCAGUUAGCAUUUUCCUGGUUAAGCUUCUCCCCGACUCUCUUCUCUCUAGCAAUUAAAAUGCACUUGGCAUCUUGUUUCUAAAAAGUGCAAUGAAUUUUUUAUGGUGCUUACCCAAGGAAAUGCAAUUAGCGUUUAGCAAUAACAACUUUUUCAUGAAUUUAUCAGCAUUUUUUUGGAGGGGUAGUACAAAUGAAUAUUCAUUCCUGGAAGGUCUGCUCACUUUUGGAGAAGUGCACUAAAAAAUAAGGACCUCGAUUUACUGUCGCUGUAUUACCUGGGAGGGGUUGCUGGGAGUUGGCUCUCACAUUGCAGAAGUGGUGGGGGAGAGACUCUGGUAGGUGACAGACAGCCUCAUUCCCUCCCACCCCCACCACCCGGCUCUUAGAUCUCCAGCCUCUUCCCUGAGCUCGAACAUUUACCACCUGACUCUGGUGAGUCCCCAUCUCAAGAGGCAGGUUCAGGGCAGCUGAUCCCCCUGGGCAGGAAAGAGUUACCUGCAAAUCCAUCAACUAUAAUCUUUUCAGUGUUACUCAUGUCCCUGUGAGUGUUUGCUUAUUUAAAGGGAGGUUUUCCUUUAUCAUAGUCAUUGUAGCCGGUUAAUAAUCAGUAACAUGGGGCUAUUACAGUUUAUCAACACAGCUCACAUGUACCUCAUUGAGAUCUCACACUAGCUAUGCGGUGAAGAUAUUAUUAUUGUGCCCACU